AAUUUUAAAAAAAGUACAUGUGUAAUUAAGGAUUUUCCGAAACUCUUUCAACUGGUGGAAUGCAACUGGUCAGUGCUUGUACCAAAACCCUUUUGGACUCGAGAGGGAAAGCCGCGGCAAUGGAGAAAUUCUCGAUCUCAAUACUCCUAAUAAUCUCACUCCUCCCCUUUCUCUGCUCCUCCUUCUCACAAGAAUCCCCAACCGAUCGCCGGAUUCUAGUCUUGCUCGAUGAUUUCUCUCUGAAAUCCUCCCACUCCAUUUUCUUCAGCUCACUCAAGUCUCGUGGGUUCGACCUCGAUUUCAAGCUUGCCGACGAUCCCAAGCUCGCGCUUCAGAGAUAUGGCCAGUACUUGUAUGAUGGCUUGGUUCUCUUCUCUCCUUCUGUUGAGAGAUUUGGAGUUGCAUUGGAUUUAGCGGCUGUGCUUGACUUCGUUGACUCGGGCCAUGACUUGAUUGUUGCCGCUGAUGCUUCUGCAUCUGAUUUGAUUAAGAGCAUUGCCACAGAAUGUGGAGUUGAUUUUGAUGAAGAUCCAUCGGCUUUGGUUAUCGAUCACAAAACCUUUGCAGUCUCAGAGAUCGAAGGCGAUCACACGUUGAUUGCUGCAGAUGAUUUCAUUCAAUCUGAUGUUAUACUGGGAAAAACUAAAAUUGAGGCCCCUGUACUUUUUAAAGGUAUUGCACAUUCUAUAAAUGGAGCCAAUGGCCUGGCCUUGAAAGUCCUUUCAGCUUCCCCUUCAGCAUAUUCAGCCAAUCCUAGUUCCAAGUUGUCAAGUCCUCCGUCUCUUACUGGAUCUACUAUCUCAUUAGUUUCAGUAAUGCAGGCUAGAAACAAUGCUCGAAUUAUGAUUACUGGCUCCUUAGAUAUGUUUAGUAACCGGUGUUUCAGAUCAGGUGUGCAGAAUGCUGAGAGUGCAAUAAAAUAUGAUAAAUCUGGUAAUGAGCAGUUUGUGGCUGAACUUACCAAAUGGAUCUUCCAUGAAAGAGGUCAUCUAAAGGCUGUUAACGUUAGGCAUCACAAACUUGGGGAAACUGAUGAACCUGCAAUGUAUAGGAUCAAAGAUGACCUGGAAUUUUAUGUUGAGAUAUAUGAAUGGUCUGGAAAGAGCUGGGAACCAUAUGUGGCCAAUGAUGCUCAGGUUCAGUUCUACAUGAUGAGCCCUUAUGUGUUGAAAACCCUAUCAACUGACCAGAAGGGUCUGUAUCAUACAACAUUCAAGGUGCCUGAUGUGUACGGGGUUUUCCAGUUUAAGGUUGAGUAUGAGAGGCUUGGAUACACUAGCUUGUCCCUUUCCAAACAGAUUCCAGUUCGGCCCUUCAGACACAAUGAAUAUGAGAGAUUUAUAACAACUGCCUUUCCCUAUUAUGGAGCUUCUUUUGCCACGAUGGCUGGCUUCUUUAUCUUCAGUUUUGUUUACCUGUACAACAAGUGAAGUCCUGUUACCAUAAAGAGGAUGUGAAUUAUGUUGGCAUAAUGAAGGUUUCUUUUAAGCCUUUCCGAGGAAAAAACAAAAAUUUGAGGGCUUUUGCAAAAUUUUCAACUCAAAUUUAUUACGUGGAAUAGAACUAAGAUAUAACAGUAUUGUGCUGAAGUUUGCAGCAUCAAUUUCAGCUGUCUCAUUCUGCCCCUAUAAAAGUGUUGCUGGUUAGUAUCAGGACAGCUGAAUCCCAGUUAGUAGGUCUAGCUUGAGGUCGAGUCUAAUCAGUGGAUUGAUUCAUGAUAACUUCGUUGUGACAAGAUUAGGUCUUUGAAAAUUUUUGGAAAAUUACAAAUGUGCUAAUAGGUGGGUGGUUAAUGAUUUGCCAA